CUCAUUUAUAUGCCUCUGACUUUUCAUUCUCUAGUUCCAAUGCCUAUGCUCUAUGCUCCAUUCAAAAGCAUUCGCCGCUCUUUAGCACCCACUUGUAAAUUCUUCAUAUUUCCAAAAAAGUUUGUCAACACUUCAACUUAAUUUCAGUGUUUCCUUCAACUUCAACCAUGGCCAUUGUGGAUACUCUGCUUGUAACAGCCAAUGUGGCAUUCUUCUAUGCAAUUCUGAUAUGGCUGCUUCUUCACACUUUGAGACAAAGCAAGCUUCGACGUGCUGUGUUUCUCCAACAAGGACCAAAGUUCUUCUCCAUUAUCACUCUCCUAUUCAAUUUUAUUCUUACCCUUUUAACUAUAGCUUUUGCAGUUCAUGAAUAUAGGACUAAUAAAAUAGUGAGAUAUAGUUCUGUUACAUUUGCUCUAACAUGGGUUAUGGCAAGCUUGGUUUCAUUCUAUUCAAUGAAGAAGACAACAAGAGACAACAAAAGAUUCCCUUUUGUUCUGGUUCUCUGGUGGGUCUGGGCCAGUAUCAUAGAAGCAAUCUCAGUUUCUAUUGGACUAAUGAAGAACAACUUUGAAUACUUGGACUUCUGGAAUUUCUUGUCUGAGGAUGAUAACAUAGUUGGUGUGGUUUCCUUGCCUAUGUUGUUGUUGCUUUUGUGUUUGAAUUUAUGUGCAAGAGAAGAACAACACAACACUGACAUGGAACAGCUCUUGGUUCACCCUGGAGAAGAAGAAGAUGAUGAUGAAGAUGGAGAGAACUUCACAAAUGCAGGCAUUUGGAGCCAACUCACAUUUCGAUGGCUGAAUCCCAUUUUUAGAAAGGGUCGAGUUCAGAAGCUUGAGCUUGCUCACAUUCCUGAUGUUCCUCAUUCUGAAACUGCAGAAAAUGCUUCUUCCUUAUUGGAAGAAUCGCUUCGCAAACAGAAACUUGAAGGGGCUUCCUUGACUAAAGCUAUAACCAGUUCUGUGUGGAAGUCCUUGGCUUUAAAUGCAGUUUUUGCCGGGGUUAAUACAAUUGCAUCUUAUAUGGGUCCAUUGUUGAUUACAUACUUUGUCAAUUUCUUGGUGGAUGAUAAUUCCAAUUCAAGCAUCCAAUGUGGCCUCAUUCUUGCAUUCAUAUUCUUCCUCUCAAAGACAUUGGAGUCACUGAGCCAAAGACAAUGGUACUUUGGUGCUCAGAGAAUUGGAAUUCGAGUGCGCGCGGCUCUUAUGACUCUAAUUUACAGCAAGUCCUUAAUGAUCAAGUGUGCAGGGCCAACCCAUGGAAAAAUCAUAAACUUGGUGAAUAUGGAUGUUGAAAGAAUUGGGGAUUUCUGCUGGUACAUUCAUGGAGUUUGGUUGCUUCCCGUUCAGGUUAUUUUGGCCUUAGUGAUAUUGUACAUAAACUUGGGAUUCUUGCCUUCAAUUUCUGCACUUGCUGUCACCAUUUUGGUUAUGGUGUGUAACACACCUUUGGCCAAUAUGCAAGAAAAAUUACACUCCAAGAUCAUGGAAGCUAAGGAUACAAGAAUCAAGAUGACUUCAGAGAUAAUGAAGAACAUGAGGAUACUGAAAUUGCAUUCAUGGGAAUCAACAUUCUUACAGAAACUUCUCCAAUUGAGAGACACUGAGAAGAGUUGGCUGCAGAAGUACCUCUACACUUGCUCAGCAGUAGCCACUCUUUUCUGGACUUCUCCAACUUUGGUUUCUGUUGUUACUUUCGGCAUAUGCAUACUGGUGAACACAGAACUGACUGCGGCUACUGUCCUCUCAGCCUUGGCAACUUUUCGGAUUCUGCAGGAACCAAUCUACAAUCUUCCAGAGCUGAUUUCUAUGAUAGCUCAAACAAAAGUCUCUCUUGAUCGAAUCCAAGAGUUGAUCAAUGAAGAGGACCAGAACCAGUUUAUGAACAAGCACACUUCGAAAGAUUCAUCAAUUGUUAUUGAAAUCAAGCCAAGUGAAUAUGCAUGGGAAACAAGUGAUGGAACCAACAAGAAACCAACAAUUCAAAUCACAGAAAACUUGAAGAUAAAGAAAGGUCAGAAGGUAGCAGUUUGUGGUUCAGUGGGGUCUGGAAAAUCAAGCUUACUUUGUUGUAUGCUUGGUGAGAUUCCAUUGGUUUCCGGGACAUUGAUCAAAGUCUAUGGAACAAGAAGUUAUGUGCCACAGAGUCCCUGGAUUCAAUCAGGAACAAUAAGAGAAAAUAUCCUGUUUGGAAAGGAAAUGAACAAGGACUUCUAUGAAAGUGUUUUGGAUGGCUGUGCUUUGCAUCAAGAUAUCAACAUGUGGGGUGAUGGAGAUUUGAAUCUUGUGGAGGAGAGGGGCAUAAACUUAAGUGGAGGCCAGAAACAACGGAUUCAACUCGCAAGAGCUGUUUACAAUGAUUCAGAUAUUUACUUCCUUGAUGAUCCUUUCAGUGCAGUUGAUGCUCAUACCGGAACUCAUUUAUUUAAAAAAUGCCUUAUGCAACUUUUGUCUGAGAAGACAGUUGUUUAUGCUACUCAUCAACUAGAAUUUUUGGAAGCUGCAGAUUUAAUUCUGGUAAUGAAAGAUGGAAAAAUAGUGGAGUCAGGAAGGUAUAAAGAACUCAUAGCAUGUCCCAACUGUGAAUUUGUUCGACAAAUGGCUGCUCAUGAAGAAACAAUAAACCAAAUAAAUCCAUGGCAUGAAGAGAACUCAAUUAGCUGCAGGCCCCUUCAAAAGAAUCAAAUUGAAGUUGCUGAAGAGAAUCUUCAAGAAAGCAUAAGCAAUUGGAAGAGAAACAAAGAAGAAGAAGCGGAGACCGGUCGAGUGAAAUGGAGUGUUUACUCAACCUUUGUCACAUCUGCAUAUAGAGGAUCACUUGUUCCGGUCAUUCUUCUCUGCCAGAUUCUGUUUCAAGUGAUGCAAAUGGGAAGCAAUUAUUGGAUUUCUUGGGCUGCAGAACAAACUGGGAGGGUAACCAAAAGGAUGCUUAUGGGAACAUUUGUUCUUCUUUCUGGUGGAAGCUCUAUCUUUAUACUUGGAAGGACUGUUUUGAUGGCAGUGGUGGCUGUUGAGACAGCUCAGCGUCUUUUUCAUGGAAUGAUUACAUCUGUUUUCAGAGCACCUGUUUCAUUUUUUGAUACCACACCUUCAAGCAGAAUCCUCAGUAGGUCAUCAACAGAUCAAAGUACAAUUGACACAGACAUACCAUACAGAUUAGCAGGGCUAGUGUUUGCACUAAUUCAGUUGUUGAGUAUUAUCAUGCUAAUGUCGCAGGUCGCGUGGCAAGUCAUCCUUGUGUUUCUUGUGGUGUUUGCUAUCUCCAUAUGGUAUCAGGCUUAUUACAUUACUACUGCCAGGGAAUUAGCCAGGAUGGUAGGGAUCAGAAAAGCCCCAAUCUUGCAUCAUUUCUCAGAAUCUAUUGCUGGGGCCGCCACGAUUCGUUGUUUCAAUCAAGAACAAAUAUUCAUGACCAAAAUCAAGGAUCUUGUUGAUGAAUACUCUAGAGUAGCCUUUCAUAAUUAUGCCACCAUGGAAUGGUUGUCAGUCCGGAUCAAUUUUCUCUUCAAUCUAGUCUUCUACUUUGUUCUCAUCAUCUUGGUUACUCUGCCAAGGUCUGCCAUUGAUCCCAGCUUGGCAGGUCUGGUAGCUACUUAUGGUUUGAACUUGAAUGUACUUCAGGCUUGGGUCAUAUGGAACCUUUGCAAUGUUGAGAACAAGAUGAUAUCUGUUGAGAGAAUAUUGCAAUUCUCUAGCAUACCAAGUGAAGCACCACUGAUAAUCCAAGAUUGUAGGCCUGAACCAGAGUGGCCUAUGGAAGGGAAAAUUGAGCUUCAGAAUAUUCAUAUUCGGUAUGAUCCGGCUGGUCCUAUGGUUCUCAAAGGUGUCACUUGCACAUUCCCGGGGCGAAAGAAGAUCGGAGUAGUAGGGAGGACAGGGAGUGGAAAAUCAACUCUGGUGCAAGCCCUUUUUCGAGUGGUGGAGCCUUUGGAAGGAAAGAUACUAAUAGAUGGAGUACAUAUUUCCAAGAUUGGUCUGCAGGAUUUAAGAUCUAAGCUUGGUAUAAUUCCUCAAGACCCAACCUUGUUUCUAGGUACUGUUAGGACUAACUUGGAUCCUCUAGAACAACAUGCGGAUAAAGAACUCUGGGAGGUUCUCAAGAAGUGCCAUCUUGCUGAAAUUGUAAGGCAGGAUCCAAGACUUCUUGAUGCACCAGUGGCUGAGAAUGGAGAAAAUUGGAGCGUUGGACAAAGGCAACUCGUUUGUCUUGCUAGGCUGCUAUUGAAAAAGAGAAGGAUUUUGGUUCUAGAUGAGGCAACAGCAUCUAUUGACACUGCAACUGACAAUUUAAUUCAAAAGACUAUUAGAGAAGAAACUAGUGAAUGCACAGUGAUUACUGUAGCACAUAGAAUCCCUACAGUUAUUGAUAAUGACUUGGUUUUGGUCCUUGAUGAAGGGACAAUUGCAGAGUAUGAUGAACCAGAUCAGUUGCUGCAGAACAAUACUUCAUCUUUCUCAAAGUUGGUUUCAGAAUUUUUGAGGAGAUCAUCCCCCAAGUAGUUGCCAAAAAAGGACACAGAAACCAGACACUUGUACAUAUUUGAAAGCUUAAACAGCAAUUGACAAGGAGCUCAAGAAAUGUUGGUUGAUUACUUUGUCAACUUUAUGAAGGUUAAUACAAAUACAGAUUCCAGAUUCCACAAGCUUAGACAAUAGUUUCUACCUAGUGUCUUUUUUAUUAUGUUCAUAAUCCUAAUCCGAUACCUUGUUCACUAAUUCAACGAGACAGGUGCAUUUUACACAGUUGUUACUUAUUGCAGUGUCUCUUCUAUUCGUGAUUGUUCUUAAAAUGGGAAUGCUCCUGUUUGCAGAGAAAACCUAUCACUGGAUAUUUAUUCUUGUACCUCCACCGGCAUCUUAAUUUUUCAGGAUUUAACCAAGUGAUACUGAUAAAUAGCUUCAUCCUUCACAUAAUUCAGAUCCCAAGCCUU